AGCAGAGAGCAGACAGACAGGAAGACAGACGGUCAGAGAGACGUCUGUCUGGACAUGGAUCAGCUGUUGGUGCUGGUGCUGUUGCUGUGGAGCUCAGGACUCCAGGCUGAAGGACAACAAGACUCAACAGAGUCUGUCAGGUUGGUGGGAGGAGACAGUCGCUGUGCAGGAACACUGGAGCUGAAACAUCAGGGACACUGGAGACCAGCGGAUGUCUCUGACUGGAACCUGAAGGUAGCAGCUGUUCUCUGCAGAGAGCUGGACUGUGGCUCUGCUGUUUCUAUAGAACAGAGAGAGGAGUCCUCAGAGAGACCUGUGUGGUGGAUCAACCCUGACUGUGUUCAGUCUGGAUCUGCUCUGAGGGAGUGUGCAAGAUCAGAUACAUCAUCCUCGAUUUUGAAUCUCACCUGCUCAGACUCUGUCAGGCUGGUGGGUGGGACUCGUCUGUGCUCAGGCAGACUGGAGGUGAAGUCUAACCAGUCUAACCAGUGGUGGUCCUCAGUGUGUGAAGCUGACUUUGACCUGCAGGAUGCAGAGGUGGUCUGCAGGGAGCUUGGCUGUGGGGCUCCUUCAGUCCUCCAGGGGGCGCUCUAUGGAGAAGUAGAGGCUCCAAUGUGGACCAAAGAGUUCCAGUGUGGAGGCAAUGAGUCUGCUCUCCUGGACUGUAGAAGCUCAGGCUCAGAUAGAAACACCUGCUCACCUGGCAAAGCUGUUGGACUCACCUGCUCAGAGCCUGAUGCUGUCAGGUUGGUGGGAGGAGACAGUCGCUGUGCAGGAACACUGGAGGUGAAACAUCAGGGACACUGGAGACCAAUGGUCUCUGACUGGAACCUGAAGGUAGCAGCUGUUGCCUGCAGAGAGCUGGACUGUGGCUCUGCUGUUUCUGUAGAACAGAGAGAGGAGUCCUCAGAGAGACCUGUGUGGUGGAUCUACUCUGACUGUGUUCAGUCUCGAUCUGAUCUGAGGGAGUGUGCAACAUCAAUUACAUCAACCUCCAUUUUGAAUCUCACCUGCUCAGACUCUGUCAGGCUGGUGGGUGGGACUCGUCUGUGCUCAGGCAGACUGGAGGUGAAGUCUAACCAGUCUAACCAGUGGUGGUCCUCAGUGUGUGAAGCUGACUUUGACCUGCAGGAUGCAGAGGUGGUCUGCAGGGAGCUUGGCUGUGGGGCUCCUUCAGUCCUCCAGGGGGCGCUCUAUGGAGAAGUAGAGGCUCCAAUGUGGACCAAAGAGUUCCAGUGUGGAGGCAAUGAGUCUGCUCUCCUGGACUGUAGAAGCUCAGGCUCAGAUAGAAACACCUGCUCACCUGGCAAAGCUGUUGGACUCACCUGCUCAGAGCCUGAUGCUGUCAGGUUGGUGGGAGGAGACAGACGCUGUGCAGGAACACUGGAGGUGAAACAUCAUGGACACUGGAGACCAGUGAUGGACUAUUACUGGAUCCUGAAGAAAGCAGCUGUUGUCUGCAGAGAGCUGGACUGUGGCUCUGCUGUUUCUGUAGAAGAGAGAGAGGAGUCCUCAGAGAGACCUGUGUGGAGGAUCAACUCUGACUGUGUUCAGUCUGGAUCUGCUCUGAGGGAGUGUGCAGAAUCAACUAGAUCAACCUCCAUUUUGAAUCUCACCUGCUCAGCACCAUCAUCAGCACCACCAUCAGAUCUUAUCAUCAGAGCGGUCGUCCUGCCGCUGACGCUGCUGUUGGUGAACGUUGCCCUUUACUUCUACUGUAAGGCCAGCAGGGGGCAGAAGCCGGGCAGACGGGAGAACAUGGAGCUGGAUGAUUAUAACCCCGGUGUUCCUGCAGCUGAAGAAGAAGGAGCUCAGGGAGCAGAGUAGCACCUCCACGGAGCUCAUCUCACAUCUGACACACAACCCACCAUCAGCUCAUUUUAUAUGCAUGUUCCCUUUAACCAAGCAGGCUGGAA